UCUACCGCCUCAUACCUACCUACCGCCUACGGUCGCAUCAAUCAGAUCUCUCCGGGCGACUAUCACCAACUCAUAUGCGCCCACACCAGACGGACACUACAUCUGCUGCUUCCCAAUGACGCAUUGCCUUCAUUGCAUCUUCUGAACAUCACAUGCCGCUAAGGUGAUGUCCUUCAUCGACGCUUCCGAUUGCAUGCCAAGUCCCCGCCCACUCAGCUUUUGUGCCGCACUGCUGCCUACAUAAUACCUUUGGCGAAGCCGGAAGCCUGCACGACGCCAGCAGGACUUCAUUUCUUGUGCCAAGCCAGCAGACUCUACAUGUUUGAUCUCGAUGGUCUACCGCGGGAAGCCUUCAGCGGGUUGUGAGAAUUGCCGCAAAGCCAAGAAGAAGUGUUCUCUGGGAAGUCCAUGCUUGCGAUGUAUCAAGCUCAAGAAAGCAUGCGGCGGCUACCGCGAUGUCAGCCAGCUCCAGAUACAGGACGAAAGCGCAGCCGUCAUACUUAAAGCAAAUAAACAAGGCCCACGAGCAUCCGGUUCCUCCAAAUCGCCUGUAGCAGCGCCAGUCGUUCGAGCAACUUCUUUGCAUGGCAAAAGUACGCCUGAAACGCCUGGGUCAAGUACAGCCACAAGCGAGAUCUCAUUGCCGCCAAGUAGUGCCGCUGAUUCGCUUUCCCAUAAGCGCAGUAGACCUACCCUGGUGGAUCUCGAUGCUACAGAGGCCGUCGAGAUAAAUGCUCCGGGCGGUACGUUCCUCACGUUCACGAUGAAACCCACACCAGAAGAUCUUGGAAGCAACUACUUCUUCUCGAAUUUCACUUCAGACAAUGGACAUUGGUCCGUACUUCGAAAUUAUGAGAAGAGAGCAGAAUUAAAUCCGUUGCUAGGGUUUGCAAUGAAAGCCUGUGGCUUAGCGGCGUUGGACAAUGUCCACGGCGUGCAGAUGGGCCGCAGUUAUUCGAGGAUGUUGUACGCCCAAGCUCUGACGCUGCUCAACAAGGCGCUGCGUGAUCCGCGGCAAUGUAAGAGUGAUGAGAGCCUCAUCGCAGUCGCAAUGCUGGGUUACUUUGAGAAUAUCACCUGCGACAGCAAGGAGAGCAUUGCAUCUUGGAAGGCGCAUAUUCAAGGCGCAACGCAGCUUCUCAAGUUGCGUGGCAAGGCUCAAUUCAACUCUGCGUUUGGGCGAAUGCUCUUUCGCGAGAAUCGAGCUCAAUUCCUCAUUCGUUGUAUCUGGGAUGACCUCGAACCGCCAGCAUUCUUAAUUGACUGGGAAGAUGACCUUCGCAGGUUGUCCGAUGAGCUGCAAUGGAUCGGACCUGCCGACGAGCUCACAAUGUUGACCUUCGAGUUUGCGCAACUUCGAUACGAGUUACGGGUCCGAAAAGUAUCGUAUAACGAUGCAAUUGCUACAGCAAGCGACAUCGAGAUGCGAAUGUCACAAUGGGCCGCCGAGCUGAUGAAGACGAACCCUUUCUGGCAGUAUCGCCAAGUCGAGGUCCCAGAUAGCCCUGAGGUCUGGAACGGCCAAUGCCACAUCUACAAUGGUCAUCCUACAGCUAGUGUGUGGGGCACGUAUCGAAACGUCCGCAUCAUGGUCACCAGGACACAAGAGUUCCUGAUUCGAAGGCUUGCACUCAGCCCAGAGCAGAAAGAGAGGCAACUGAGUUACCUCAAAAGUGUACGUCGGCAGAUGACGGACGAGAUAUGCAUGGGCAUUCCCUCUCAACUCGGUCACGGCCCGACCAAUAAUUCGAAGCACAUUCUCAUCACCGCAUAUUCUUCCAUAUGGCCGCUGUUCUUCGCAGGAACGUGCGCUCUCGAGAGGAUCGGACCUGGUCUGUGGAGCACGGCAUUGCAGGACAUGACUCCCAGCCAGGAAGCGAGUACGUCGGCAGCUCUCGCACAGGCCAUGUGGAUCAUAGGUCGUAUGGAGCAUAUCUCGAGGAUCGUCGGACUAAAGUGGGCCGAGGGCGUUGCGGCCACGCUUCGAGGGGACUUUGCCAUGCACGAAGAGCUUCUGCCGGAAGGUGGACCACCCCAUGGUGCACAUGUCCCCAUGUUUUGGCUAGAGCGCAUGGCAGAAAUGCGGCGAAACCGAGAACCUGGGUGGUUGAAAAAGGUCCAAGAAGGGGGACCUGGCCCCAGAGUCACGAUGGAGGAGAAUGCUCCUCUCAGUACUGGUCUGAUGGCCGGGGCAUAUCCCAAGGGUUUGUGGAAGGGACGUGUCCAGGUCGAUGAAAAGACCAAAAAGUACAGGAACAACAGCAUGAACAUCAGCAGCAUCAUCAAUCCUUGAGCAGAUAUGAGAUAUCGACAGUGAUUCUAUUUUGUACAUUUCUAAUGUAACAACAACAACAAUAGCAACAAGACCUUGGUCGUCUAGAUCUGUGUGUAUCUCAGAUACGGUUUGACCUCUCGGACCUGCCCAAACUUCUGCUUCGCAUCGGCAGUGCUCAUACUGGGUGGGACAAUGACAUCGUCUCCCACUUGCCAGUCGAUCGGAGUGGUGACUCCCUUCUUGUCACCCGUCUGCAGACUAUCAAUGACCCUCAAGACCUCGCUGGUGUUGCGUCCGGUCGAAGCAGGAUACAUCAUGGUCAAGCGAAUCUUCUUAUUCGGAUCAAUGAUAAACACUGAGCGAAUCGUGAACACGAUGCCCGUUUCCGAAGCGUCCAAAUCCCGCUGAUCAACCAUAUCGUAGAGAAACGCGACUUUGCGAUCCGCAUCCGCGAUGAUGGGAAACGACAGCUGAGUGGAGGAGAGCUCGUUGAUGUCUUUGACCCAUUCGGCAUGGGAGUCUAAUCCAUUGGCGGAGAGACCAAUCAUUUUGACAUCGCGCUUUUUAAACUCAUCCUUGAGCUUCGCGAAUGCCCCGAGCUCGGUCGUGCAGACGGGAGUGAAAUCUGCGGGAUGAGAGAAGAGGAUGGUCCAUUUGCCUUCGAUGAAGUUGUGGAAGUCGAUGUCCCCGUGAGUGGUUUGGGCUUGGAAGUUGGGGGCGACGGAACCGAGACGCAGCCUUGGCUGCUCUGCAGGGGUGCUCAGAAAUCUCUUGAAGAUCGGGGAUGCCUGUCGGCUGGCGAAGCUGCCAUGGGUGGCAGAUAGUCGAGUUGCGCGCAGAGCGCCGCGUGCCAAGAUCGAUGCCAUGGUGAUUGAAUAGGUAUUGCCCCGAGCGGUUAUGUGCUGCAAUAGGAGAAUUGGCG